AUGACAUCUCGGCCAUUAUCCAUCCCAUUGGUGGUGAGAAAAUUCUCUCGUUCAGACGAAGAGGUCUCGAGCAACGACACUUCAAUCACAGAUUUAGAGCGGGACACCUAUCGUUUCGAUGGAACAACCAACUCUCGGCCCCAUAGUGGCUGUACUGCGAUUCGGCCCAAGUUGCGUCAUCUGUAUGAUCCUUUUGUUCUCAUCAGUGGAGCCUUUAUGAUAGCAUGUAUAUGUCUUGGUGUACGGCUCACCCUCGUAUCUUCUGGUCUUCGUCGUAUACCUGGUGAUGCAUUUGAUUAUCUCUUCGGCCCUCACAUCUCCGCCAUUAGCCCUUCGAUAUGGGACAACAAUCGUCAAUUCUUCAUACGCGAGGUCCAGCCAGUCCCGGUGCAUUCACACAACGACUACUGGCGUCGUAUACCUCUCUUCGAAGCCUUAGGCUCAGGAUGCAUCAGCGUCGAGGCCGAUGUACACCUCCGCAAUUCCGACCUUCUUGUUGGUCAUAAAUCUUCGCAUCUCCACCCUGAACUGAACUUGCGGAACAUGUAUCUGGACCCCUUGGAACGAAUGUUAAGAGCUCGGAAUAGCAACACAACCCUUGAAGAUUGGCGUGGCAUCUUUGACCAUGCGAGGAAUCAAACCGUCGUACUUCUCGUUGAUCACAAGACCGAAGGCGCAGACACAUAUGCCAUGCUAUCCAAGCAACUGCAGCCCUUGCACGAUCUUGGCUAUCUUACACACUGGGAUGGCACAACAAGGAUCAUGCGCCCUUUGACCAUUGUUGGAACUGGUAACGCCCCCUUCUACAACGACAACACCUACCGUGAUAUCUUCUUUGAUGCCGAUCUGAGUCACUUGGUUUCGGAACAGGAUACAGCCGACUACUACCAAUACAACAUCUCAAAUUCCUACUACGCUUCCACAAAAUGGAGCAAGGGAUUGUCCCGAGAUGCGAUGACCAGAUCUCGAAGUGAGAUUGCAUCUCAGAUAGAGUCGGCCAAAGCUAGAGGUCUGCUAGCACGGUAUUGGGAUACACCAGCGCAGCCUCCCAAUAUAAGGGUCAUGGUUUGGAGAACAUUGGUGGAACAAAAUGUGGGUGUGCUGAACAUGGACGACAUGGGCAUAGUCAGAGACAGAGCCCUUGGUUGGGGUAGGUUAUCCACUUGA